AUGGGAAGUGAACAUCAGGUGCUUCUCUUCCACACUGAAGUGCGAUGGCUCUCCCGUGGGAAAAUGCUGACACAUAUUGCAGAGCUCGCUGAUGAGAUUGCAAUAUUUCUCCGAGAGUAUCAGAGUGAUUUUGCUGAAAAUUUUGAGGACGAAAUUUUCAUUCUCUCCCUCUCCUACCUGGCAGACAUUUUCGGUCAUCUGAAUGAUCUCAACUUGUCCAUGCAAGGCAUGUUUGCUAAUAAUAUUGAUUGUACAGAGAAGGUAGAAGCCUUCAAGAAGAAAAUAUCACUGUGGAAGCGUCGAAUCCAGGGAGGAAAUGUGGGAAGCUUUCCUAUCCUGGAUGAAAAACAUGGAGACAAGACAAUCCAGCCAAUGCUUGUAGAAAAUAUUGUUGCUCACCUCUCACUCCUAGAGACCACUAUGGCACAAUACUUUCCCAUGGAUCAUUCAUUUCCAGAAUGGAUACAGCAGCCCUUCUUGGCAGAUAUGGAUGAUGAUGAUAACCUAAAGGAGGAGCUUAUUGAUCUGCAGGUGAACCAGGGUUGUCAAAAAAAAUUUCGCACACGACCUCUGUCAGGUUUCUGGUGUGACCAGUUGGUAGCAUACCCUGGAUUAGCAAAGGCAGCGCUGGAAAUGAACAACUGCCCGGAACCGACUUCAAAUUGGGUUGCUUCAUGA